AUACAGGGUUUUUCAGAUGAUAUUGUAAAAUUCAUACCAUUUCUUGCCAUGACGUUUUAUUGCAAAGCCACCAUAUGAAAUGCUGUUUGUAGCCAAUGACAUUGCACACUGCUUCGGCAGCGCUCGGGAGAGUACGGAACUUAGAGGUAUAAACGCAAGUAAGAAUUUGACACACAGCCGGUCUUUGAAGCGCAAUGUUUUGAACAAAUUUGAAAACACAUACCGCGCUCAUGUAAUCUAAUCUUCCGAAAACCUGAAACACAGUCUUGCUGCAUUCUACCUACAUUUACCAUUUAAUUUGAUAGAUUACAUAUAAGUAAGUAUUGCAUUGAAUAAAAUGUGUAAAAGUUGCAUUCUUAUUAGUAUAUGUCUGUUUUUUGCAGCUAUGAGUUCUAGCGAAGAAGAAACCGUGGCGGGUCCUUCUCAUCCAACUCGGAACCAGAGGAAAACAACAAGCGAUGAGGACAGGCAGCGGAUUGUAUCAGCAUACUUAAACGGCACGACACCAAAAUUAAUAAGUCGCAUGUUUGAAAUAAAUUUGUCAACGGUGUACAAUAUCCUGCAAAUUUAUAAAAAAACGGCACACGUUGAGGCAAAAAAACGUGGUGGGAAUCAUCCGAAAUUGUUAUCCGCCGAAGCCGUCGCAAGUGUGCAGCAGUGGAUAGAUGAGGACUGUACCAUCACUCUCAAAAAGUUAGCGGACAAAAUCUACGGGCAAUAUCAAAUCCGUGCAAGUAUUACGACCAUAUCAAGAGAAAUUAAGGGUUUUAAUUACACUUUAAAACGCCUACACUUGAUCCCUGAGCGUCGAAAUACCGAAAGCACUGUUUCGGAAAGGAAAGAGUACGCAACAAAUUUGUACGAUUUGUCACAUCAGUAUGCGGAUAGUGGAAUGGUGUUUGUUGACGAAGUCGGAUUCAACGUCAGCAUGCGGACUUCUUCCGGGCGAUCAGUAAAGGGUGCCCCAGCAACUGCUGUCGUCCCGAAUAUAAGAUCAAGAAAUAUUUCGAUAAUCUGUGCCAUGAACAAACAAGGAAUACUUCACUAUUCUGUUCACCAUCAGGCAAUCAACCGCCAAUCUUUUAAAGAAUAUGUAUUGCAGUUGAAGCGAGAACUUCGAUCACAAAACAUCAAUCGAUCGGUCAUAAUAAUGGAUAACGUGCGCUUCCAUAAGUGCGCUGAAGUACGGGAAGCUAUCGGUGAAGAUCAGGAUCGCGUAAUAUAUUUGCCACCAUAUUCUCCAUUUCUCAACCCGAUUGAGAAUCUAUUUAGUAAAUGGAAGAAUAUGGUGAAGCGCACUAAUCCACAAAACGAGGUUCAGCUAAUAGACGCUAUUGCGAAUGGAGCCACAACACUCACACCAGAAGAUUGUGAGGGUUACAUUCGAAAUAUGUGGAGCUAUGCAUCUCGCUGCUUGCGGGGGGAAGAAAUUUAUGAUUAAUUUUAAUUUGAAGUACCGGCCUAGCCGUAUUGUUAUACUAUAUAGAAUGUUACAUGAAAUGAGAAAUGUUGCAUGAAAAAAUAAUACACUGAAAUCCAAAGCAAACUAAUCAAACGAAUACCAAACGUAAAGUGUUAUUUAUUAUUUUUAAUUUUAUGAAAUCCAGAAGCACAUGUAGUAACAAGUAUGGGUGAGAGGAGUAAGUCUCGAGUAGAAGAGAGAAUCAGUUACGAACCAACCAUUGUACGGAACAGUAAUAAAAUUUCUAAACUAGAUUGACUGUACUCUUAUGCAUUGUGAUGGGAAUUCGUACUAAAAACUCAUUACCUGUUUAAGAUUUAAAAAAAAACACGAAUUGUAGUUACGUUCGGUAGUCAUUUCAGUCUUUGAAUCUUUUGACGAUUUUGUAGUUAAGCUCUUGAACAAUGUCAAGAUCGAAUCAGGGUAGCAAAACUCAUCUACAAAUAGGAGAUCGUCAUCAUCGAUCACUAUUUUAUUUCCGAUACUGCAUGAUCUAACCAACGCACUCGCUGUGAUUCUCUAUGCAUCGUGUCACCGGAAGGUUAGAUAGCGACCCGUGGGGCACGCAGUCGCGGUUCAAUCCCUUUGAAGGCCCUAGGCAGAAAGAUAGUUGAAACCCCUUUUUCUAGCAUGGUCCUACACUUUUCCCUUUAAUUAUUUUGUAGCCCCCAGAAGGUGAGACCCUACCCGGCCGUCUACUCUGCCUACCGGUGACACGAUGCAUAGAGAAUCACAGCGAGUGCGUUGGUUAGAUCAUGCAGUAUCGGAAAUAAAAUAGUGAUCGAUGAUGACGAUCUCCUAUUUGUAGAUGAGUUUUGCUACCCUGAUUCGAUCUUGACAUUGUUCAAGAGCUUAACUACAAAAUCGUCAAAAGAUUCAAAGACUGAAAUGACUACCGAACGUAACUACAAUUCGUGUUUUUUUUUAAAUCUUAAACAGGUAAUGAGUUUUUAGUACGAAUUCCCAUCACAAUGCAUAAGAGUACAGUCAAUCUAGUUUAGAAAUUUUAUUACUGUUCCGUACAAUGGUUGGUUCGUAACUGAUUCUCUCUUCUACUCGAGACUUACUCCUCUCACCCAUACUUGUUACUACAUGUGCUUCUGGAUUUCAUAAAAUUAAAAAUAAUAAAUAACACUUUACGUUUGGUAUUCGUUUGAUUAGUUUGCUUUGGAUUUCAGUGUAUUAUUUUUUCAUGCAACAUUUCUCAUUUCAUGUAACAUUCUAUAUAGUAUAACAAUACGGCUAGGCCGGUACUUCAAAUUAAAAUUAAUCAUAAAUUUCUUCCCCCCGCAAGCAGCGAGAUGCAUAGCUCCACAUAUUUCGAAUGUAACCCUCACAAUCUUCUGGUGUGAGUGUUGUGGCUCCAUUCGCAAUAGCGUCUAUUAGCUGAACCUCGUUUUGUGGAUUAGUGCGCUUCACCAUAUUCUUCCAUUUACUAAAUAGAUUCUCAAUCGGGUUGAGAAAUGGAGAAUAUGGUGGCAAAUAUAUUACGCGAUCCUGAUCUUCACCGAUAGCUUCCCGUACUUCAGCGCACUUAUGGAAGCGCACGUUAUCCAUUAUUAUGACCGAUCGAUUGAUGUUUUGUGAUCGAAGUUCUCGCUUCAACUGCAAUACAUAUUCUUUAAAAGAUUGGCGGUUGAUUGCCUGAUGGUGAACAGAAUAGUGAAGUAUUCCUUGUUUGUUCAUGGCACAGAUUAUCGAAAUAUUUCUUGAUCUUAUAUUCGGGACGACAGCAGUUGCUGGGGCACCCUUUACUGAUCGCCCGGAAGAAGUCCGCAUGCUGACGUUGAAUCCGACUUCGUCAACAAACACCAUUCCACUAUCCGCAUACUGAUGUGACAAAUCGUACAAAUUUGUUGCGUACUCUUUCCUUUCCGA